AUGGCACGCCAGAAUCCAAACAUUGUAAUUACAGGCACGCCUGGCGUAGGGAAGACGACACAUGCAGAACAACUGGCGCAAGCAACAGGCUUCACACAUGUUUCCGUGAACCAAAUUGUGAAAGAUGAGGGAUUCCAUGAGGGCAAGGAUGAGGAGACGGGAAGUUGGAUUGUAGAUGAGGACAAGCUUCUAGACCACCUCGAAAAUCUCCCCUUAAACAGCACAGGCGGCUACAUCCUCGACUGGCACGCAUGCGAUCUCUUCCCCGAGCGCUGGAUCGAUCUCGUCAUCGUGCUACGCUGCGACUCAACCCUGCUGUACGACCGCCUGACCGCUCGGGGCUACAAGGGCAAGAAGCUCGAGGAGAAUAUGGAUAGCGAGAUCAUGCAGGUUUUGCUCGACGAGGCGCGGGAGAGCUAUAAGGAGGAGAUUGUGGUGGAGUUGAGAAGUGAGAGUACGGAGGAUGUGGAGGGGAAUUUGGAGAGGGUGGAACAGUGGGUGGAGAAUUGGAGGAGGGACAGGGCGAGUGGUGGUGGGGAAGAGUGA